UGCGUGUUCAGCCAACUGCGUUUUCUCAUUGACAUCCGCCCAAUGCGAUGUGUGAUCUUUUUGUGGCUCCUGCGGCACGCCGCAGGCUGGCGCACGUUUGGGGUCUUGCCCAACUUGGGAAGCUUCACAGAGUACGUGGGCAAGUUCUGCUUCGACUUCAAGAAGGUGCCGCCGGGCGCGCCCAAGCCGGCGGUCGGCAGCAUCGAGGUGCUGCUGCGGGGCCGGGUGGCCAGCGCUCGGCCUCUGCGCGCCACACAGGGCCCGCCAUGCUACGGGCCAUGCGAGUCGGAUGGCGGGCUGUACCUUUUUGUCUUCGAUGACGAGCAGGCGCACGGGCAGCUGGUGCGCCAGAAGUUCGGCCAGAUGAGCUGCGAGGACAUGCGGCAUCGCGCCAACUGGGCCCUUCCCAUCCGCUUCGAGAACAGCGAACAGUUUCUUUGGAAGGAGAACAUCACGGAGGGCAUUCGACCGCGGUUCUGGUACUUCGUCUUUGCGGCGUGCGGUGUCCAGAUGGUGGUGCCACCCGCCUUUGACAUCCACGCAACGAACAUCCUGCAGGGCUUUCAGAGCGAGUUUGGCCUGGACCAGGAGGGCACUCUGCUGCUUCAGGUGACCGCCGCCGUGGGCUUCCUGGGCCUCUUCCUGGGGAUUCGGCAGGCCAACCAGGCCACAGGAUCCGAGGCCCUGAGGUCCCGCUCGCUCUUGCGGAUCCUGCUGGUUUCAGCUUCCAUGUCAUCCAUAGGUGCGUGCUGCCUCUGCCUGCACUGGUCGGUCUUCGCCUCCGACGGGGAAGGCUUGCUGGCCCUGCAGGUUGCGGGCGUUGGCCUUCUGGCAGGUGCCAAGUCCCUGCUCGCCAUCUUGCAACUGCUGCUUGCCAAAGGUUGGGCGUUGUUUUACUCCCCGCAGCAGCUCUUGCAGAGGCAAGUUCUCAUGGGUGCUGUGCUCCUGAUCAUCCUCCUUUCCGUCCUCUGCGAAUUGCACGAGGUUCUUUUCCAUGACUGGAGCGCUCAGAUCUAUAUGUACGAGAACUGGUCUGGCAUCAUCAUCCUCAUGCUGAAUUGCUGCAUCUUCUUGGAGGCCUGGCGGUCUAUGCGCGAGACCUUCUUGCUGGAGACCUCCGACGAGAUGCGCCGCUUCUACGUCUACGUCUCGGGUGUCUCGAUCCUGUACUUCCUGACCCUGCCGUUGGUGUGCCUACUGGCAUCCAUGCUGGCCAGAUGGGUCCGUGCCAAGUACGUGGACCGCGCCGAGGUGGGAUGCCGGUUUCUCGCGACUUUGCUUCUGGCGUGGCUGCUCAGGCCGGCCAGGAUGGACGCGAUGAUCAACGCACGCAUGGAGGAGUCUGUCGAGACACUGGGCGAGCCUUGUGAGGAAGCACAGAUCAUCGCGGCCUCGGGCAGCGUGCCGCUGCGCCAGGGCGCGGACAGAAGUCCGGAGGCUGCGCAGGCGCCCAAUAGCGGCCUGCCGCAGGAGUGAGCGAGUGAGGCCACGGGCCAAAAACGACUGCGCAUGGCAUUCCAACUUCCAUGUGGAUAGUUCGGGAUCAGGGUUGUGUACCCUCUGUCCAACAAUGAUGGAAGUGGACGAUCCUGG